UCCCAACUUUUAAAAAGGCAUCCAGUCAUAACUGCCAUUAAUGGGCGACAGUAGUGUAAUAAAAUAAAGGAAUAAUGAUGUAUAUCGGGAAAUAAGUUGUUUAUUCACAUACGCACAAAUGAUAUGCACUUUUGUUUGAUGAGAACAUAGUUUGUGAAAGAUGGGUGUACUCGUAAGAGUAAAAAUAAAUAGACUUUGUGACACGACAUCUGAUAGAACUAUACAGGAAACAACACUGUUUCGGUAGGAUCGAUUUAUAGAACGAGAUUCUCCUAACAGAGCAAUGGUGAUGGUGUUCAACACUAUUUCAUUUACUUUGGUCACUCUUAUGUGUGUUUACUUUAAAGUGGAAGGUUGUAAGUACAUAUAUUGUAUGUUUUGGUUCAAACCAAUAUGUAAAUUGUAUUUUUAGCAGGAUGAGAAAGCAAAUGAGAGAUUUUUAUACAUUUCAGUUAUAUUUUAAAAUUCACCGUUAUCUAGAGGAAAUCUAUUGAUUGCUUUGGAAAUUUCCUUUGUGUCAAACGUUAAUACACGAUUAAAAAAAACGAAACAAAUGUAUGGAUAUUGAAUGGGUUUAUGUUAUUUGAGAAAAAAGAAAUGAAGUUAAAUUAUCAACAAAAAAAAACAAAACAGUAGGACAAGUAAUAUGAAUGAGUUAACAAUUUGAACUACCUUAAAAAGGCCAAUACUAACCAGUGGGCAAAUAAUUGGUAUUUCAGAAUGUUUUUAACGAUUAAAAAGUCAAUGCGGCAAUAAAUACUGACACUUUAACAAAUCCUAAAGACUGCUUUAUGAUCCGAUAUAGACAUGAAUCUGGCAUGUGAGAAACAUACUUGGCAGACUUCAGAGAAGUACCCCUCCUCUAGAGCUGUAGACGGAUUGUGUGGAAAUCUAUCAGAAAGCGGAGGCCAGUGUGCGGUGUCUUUGGAGUCGAACGCCGAUGUCACUUGGCUAGUGGACCUCGGUACAAUUCAGAGUAUUCAUAAAAUAGUCAUACAUUAUAGAACCGAUGAAAUGCCAUUUGCAAACAGUGAUUUGGCAGGCACCUUUCUUGGAUUUUCUGUCUAUGUGUCGAAUACAACAGUCAAGGAGGACGGGUACCUGUGUUAUCACGACACGACGUAUACACCGUCAACUAUUCCGUCAAGUCUGACCAUAGAAUGCACCAUGCCAGGUCGAUAUGUGAUCUAUUUUAACACCAGAGAAGGCAAUCUGUCCCCAAAACCUGGCUAUUCUACAAAGGGACAAAUAAAUCUAUGCGAAGUGGAGGUGUAUGGUUGUCCUCUAGGGUUCUAUGGUGUGCAUUGCUCAAAGACUUGUCCAGUUAACUGUCACCAUUGCAGCAUUGUGUCUGGAGAAUGUCUUGGAGACUGUCGGCUUGGUUUUUCCGGACAAUUCUGUGAUAAUUAUGAAAGAAUUAAUAUGGCAUUGCAUCGCCCGACUUUUCAACUGCAUUCACUUUUUGACGGACAACCAAGUUCCAGACUCGUUGAUGGUAAAAAAAGUGAUCUUAAUAUACUCAGCAGUCAGUGCACUUCUACUCAAGAUGGCCAGUCGUUUGUAAUGUGGAGGGUAGAUUUAGAAAAUUACCGUCGCAUUGAACGCAUUGUUAUCUACUCAAGAACGGAUAAUAAAAAAUGGGAUGUCAACAAUGGGUUUACAAGAAGACUUUUAGGGUUUUCAGUUGCCGUUUCGAAUACGACUGAUUACAAUCAUGGCGUUAUUUGUUAUCAUGAGAGAAAAUACAACAAGUAUACGAUACCUUCCAUUGUGGAUUUUUUCUGCUCUGCUGUUGGUCGGUAUGUAAUAUUUUACAAUGAGAGACGCCCAGGAAUCAGCUACCCAGAAGAUUACAGUCAAUACGCCUUUGUUGACCUCUGUGAAAUAGAAGUUUAUGGUUGUCCUAUACCCCAGUAUGGAUUUGAACAACCAGCCUGCACACUUCCUUGUGCUGCCUUGUGUAAAUAUGAUAUGGAAAAUCUUAGUUACAGGAAACAAACUUGGCUGUCAUCACCAUUUAGCCCUUUUAUGGCUGGCGAUAAAGCAGUUGAUGGACGAUAUACGUCACGCCAUUACUCAAGUGGACAGUGUGCUAUAUCAAAACCAUCAACACAAAUAACAUGGUGGGUUAAUUUGGGAAAGAUACACAGGAUCGAACUCGUCGUAAUCUAUUUCAGGACCGAUAACGUACAAUGGGGUUGUCCCAGUCCUGUGGGUAAAAAUCCUCAGUGUUCGAGACCUUGUCCCUGGAAUUGUGAACAAUGCUACCGUGACACGGGGCUGUGUGCCAAAUGUUGGCCUGGAUUUCGAGGUCAUGCUUGCGAAUUACCUUGCCAAGCUAUAGGUAACGUUACAACGUCAUCCAGUGUUAUUUACAAUGGACCUAUAUACCAGGCGCUGUUGUCUUCCAAUGGACUUUAUUACCCGGGCACUGAACGAGGGUAUGCAUAUAUAAACAUGACUUUAUCUGAGAAGUCGACAAACAUGGUUGGUCUGUCCUUCACCCUUCAUCAGGCAUCCAACGUGAUGGUUACCUUACUGGAUAACAAACAAUCUGUUAUCAAGAAAUAUUUCGAACACUCCUCAGACAAUCAGAAAUGGAAUGUAAAAGUAAUGAACAGCGUGACCUCUCAGGUUCAUUCCAUCAGUGUAGCGGUGGUGUAUAAGCACCAGUUUACUAUCUCAAGUAUGAGGCUUCCUCUGCGAAAAUGCAAAAAUGAAGAUAUAUCAUCUGAGGCACAGAAGAAUGAUGAUGUAUUUAAAUACCUCUAAAGAUUCAUUUUAAUGGAUUUUUUUAGUGUAAAAAUUAUAAUUAAACGUCAUUCUCUUUUUCACGUGUUUGAUUGGAACUCAUUUUUGGGUAUUUCGAAAAACAAUGCUAUCUUAUGAUU